CUUCUACUACUACUCCUACUUCGACGACACCUCAUCCCUACUACGACGAUUCCUACCGCCCCGACCGAACCUAUCUGUCAACUUCCCACUCCCCCUUCAACUCUAUUUAGGUUUCGGGUUAAUCUUAGUUCUCCUCUCUCGGCCACCCCUCUUUCCUCAAUCAAUAAACCCGUUCAUGUCGCACGCGGGACUAGCCUAGAUUCCGAUUGUUACGACCUUUUUGUCGACUCCGUCCUCACUUACCUCCCCCCCCUCCGCUCACUCUCCGUCUCCGAUCCCCUACUAUCCAGAUGUCCGCAGCCGGGGGCUUGACUCGCCGAAGGGGUGGCGGUCGGGUCGCUGGCGCAGAUGAUAACGACGACAGCAGAGUCUCGUCUCCCGUGUCCCGAAACGGCUCUGCGCUCGACCACCGCGGUCCCGAAACCUCCUUCACCAGCGCCGAGAAUGGCCACAAGAUCGCCUUUGACCCUCGGGACAUCAGCGAGACCGAGGAACGCAGCAAACAGCCCAAGCUGACGCUGAUGGAGGAAGUGCUGCUGUUGGGUCUGAAGGACAAACAGGGGUACCUGUCGUUCUGGAAUGAGAAUAUCUCGUAUGCCCUGCGCGGCUGCAUCGUCAUCGAACUGGCGCUGCGCGGCCGAAUCAGCAUGCAGAAGGAUUCGGCUCGACGACGCUUCCCCCUGGCCGAUCGCGUGAUUGAGGUUAUCGACGAUACGUUGACUGGGGAGGUCUUGCUGGACGAGGCGUUGAAGAUGAUGAAGUCGAGCGAGAAGAUGAGUGUGAACUCGUGGAUCGAUCUAAUGAGCGGCGAAACGUGGAAUCUGAUGAAGAUCGGCUAUCAGCUGAAGCAAGUACGGGAACGUCUUGCCAAGGGUCUCGUCGAUAAGGGCGUCCUUCGCACGGAGAAGCGAAACUUCCUCCUCUUCGACAUGGCAACGCACCCCGUCGCCGACGGCGGCGCCAAGGACGACCUCAACCGCCGGGUUCGCAACAUCUGCACCAACCGCACCGUCAUCCUCCCGCCCAACACAUGGCUGCCGGAGGACUCCGAGUACCGGUACCUGCGGACGGUGGUCAUGGUGUGCGCCGCGUAUGCGGCCAAUGUGCUGGAGAAUGCCCUGGUCACGAUGAGCCACGAGUCCCGCGAGCGGGCCUUUGCCCAGGUGGAUGAGCUGCUGGCCGAGUAUUCGCAGUUUCCGUUCGCGCGGAAAGCGGGCGGCGGGCAGGCGAUUGGGGCCAACCUGGCGCAGGCCAUCAACGAGGAGGUGGAGAAGGGCAGCGAGAGAGAACUUCAAAUGGAGAUUGUUGCCGCAUGUCUGAGUGUAUUUACCCGUCUGGACUCGCUAUUGUAGAGCAGUCCUCCAGCUACUCUGGUUAUCAUGUUCCUUCCUACCCAUACCAAGCCCUUUCCUAAUCUCCCCCAUCAAUCUUCUUCUUCCUUCAUCCAGCUCCCGUGCGUAAACCGCAUAUUCCUCGCACACCCGGUAAGGGUUUAUACGGGCAGAGUAACAACCCAUAGUGGAAGCAUUCAUGAUACGAAAAACCCGCCAUCCCUACAAAGCGGGAGGGGCCCCAUUGCAUUGUUGACUUGACUUUGACUUGUACGAGAGAAAGUUUGAUUAAUUCAUCUGCAAACUGAC